AUGGCCGGCAGCAGGCUUUUCUCUGGUGCCCAUUACUGUGGUAUUGAGGCCAUCUUUGAUCUGCAGGGUUUGCAGCAGCUGCACUGGGAGCAGCCACAAGAGCCACAGCCCCCCUUGGAGCCUCCACAGGAGCCACAGCCCCCCUUGGAGCCCCCACAGGAGCCACAGCCCCCCUUGGAGCCCCCACAGGAGCACAGCCCCCCUUGGAGCCCCCACAGGAACCGCAGCCCCCCUUGGAGCCCCCACAGGAGCCACAGCCCCUCUUGCCACAGCUGGUGCAGGAACAGGCUGGCACACAGCAGCACACAGGUUUGCAGCAGCAGAUGGGCACACAGCAGCUGGAGCCACAGCCCCCACAGCCAGAGCCACAGCCCCCACAGCCGGAGCCACAGCCUCCACAGCCGGAGCCACAGCCCCCACAGCCGGAGCCACAGCCCCCACAGCCGGAGCCACAGCCCCCACAGCCAGAGCCACAGCCCCCACAGCCAGAGUCACAGCCUCCGGAGCAGCCACAGCAGCCCAUGGUUCUGGUGGAUUGAGGGUGGAGCAUGUAGAGGAGCAGGUGAGAGGGAGGUGCAGGUGUGGAGCCCCCUGAGCCUGGACCCCCUUAUAUCCCAGGGUAGGGUCGCUCUGAGACCUCGGUCACUCCAUAAUUCCCAGCACUUCCUGGGUAUGUGA